CACAUUAACGUGGAGAGGGUAAUUAGUAUGUUCGAGGGUACAGCUUGUAAAUUGUCAGUAUUUCUUUUGCGCCGUUGUCGAUGUUAGCCGCAUAACGAGCGGUAGACCAUUGCCCGUCGUCACCCUCCCAACAGAACGCAACACGCCCUCUGUCGACGUGCGUUGAGCAAUUCUCAGCUCUCUACGUGAGUUUGUAAAAGCGAGUAGAGUUAUAGUAGAUAGUAGUAGUAGAAGAAGUAGUAACCCCGGAUGAUUUGAGAAGAUCUAGCCAAGAAAAUACACACACACGUAAACUGCGAAGCGGCCAAUGAGAGCGAAUCGGACUGAAGAGAUCCACUUCCCACAGAUUUCGCCACAGAUUAUCGUUCCUGUCAAGACUUGGUAAAACUUAGUCGUCCGUAGUUUCUAGGAACCAAAAAAAGAGGUUUUUUUAGGUGGUGGGCGGUAUUUUUCACCCUGCUUCUUGAUCGGCUGUGGAUGAAAAUUUGGCGAACGAAGUUCCUCGGACCGGGGAGAUUUAAUAGCCCGCUAGCCCGAGAGAGAGAGAGAGAGAAAGAAACUGCCCUACCCAGAUGUAAGCUAAGAGGCUAAGAACCUCGGACUAAGAAGCCUCCUUGUGGUAACAAUUAGGCAAGCCUCCCCACAGCCCCGGGUUUUUCCAAUCAACACACGGUGUGCAAGCUACACCAUCACUACCAUUACAAGUCGACACAAUGUUACUGCUGAAUGGGUGUACAAUUCUGUGGGUUGGUGUCAUAUUUCUCUGGCAUUCUCCAUUCGUUUACUCCGGCCUGUCUGACGAAGAACUCUUGGACACUAAAUUAUCGGACCAUUUUGAUGUUCGUGUCCGGCCUCGUGUUAUCACGCACGAGCCCGCGAACAUCUCAGCCUCUACUUGGCUCUCUCACAUUCACAGCCUCGAUCUCGAUAAAGGUGAACUCGAUCUGACCGUCUGGCUAGAACUGGAGUGGACGGACCCCCGUUUGAGAUGGGACGUACAGCAGACUGAGAAUAAAGUCCGACAACUCGUCCUCCCUGAGGACAACGUGUGGACGCCGGAUAUCACCAUUAGCAAUGCUGUUAGUAAAAUCAUCCCCAUUUUCGGAAAACAAAUCGUGGUGGCGUCCACUGGCGCGAUGACGUGGUUCCAAGCGUACCGCACGACCAUUGGUUGUGCCACCAACGCCACAGCGGACGAGCAGAUGUGCACACUUACGAUUGGCUCUCGUCGAUCUGACAUCACAAACGUUGACGUGUAUCCAGUGUCGGAAAAUUUCACGGUGACGGAUGAAUUCUUCAGCCACGAGUGGGAACUCCUGGAUUCUUUCGUAGAACGCCUGAACGAAACUCGUGGCGGCUUGGUUUUUCCAUUCCUUGAAGUGACCAUGAACUUGCUUCACAUCGCUGUGGAGGUCACCGAACCGACGCCUGCACCGUUAUGCAUGACUGAGAAGAUUCAUCCGCCGUCUGCCAGCACGUCCGUACAGCUCACAUCUAUGUCUAUACUAGCCACUACAAUAAUAGCCUUAUGUCUAGAGAAAAUAGCCAUUUUGUAGAAAAAGAAAAGUCUUGUAGGACGGAAGUUUAAAUGCAUCUGACACUCGGAAAAAAACGCAAAAUUCAGCGAAAACAUUCAUUUAUCAGAGAUUCAAACUUCUGGUAUACCAUAACGAUUUUUUUCUUUUUUUUCACAAAUGUAAAUACGUAUAUGGAAAACUUUAUGAGGUUAACUGAAAAGUGGUUUAUUUAUUAAAAAUAUGGAGAAUACAGAUUUUUAAUAUGCAUCGUUUCGAAGAUCAAAAAAUUAUCUGCUUUAUGCGUUAAUUAUGAGUUCGCUGCCAGCAAGCUGUGGAUGGUCGUGGGUUUCCAUCGGACUCUACAUUAUAGAAUCCAAAACCUGAAAAGCAGUUUUCGUAAAAAAAAACGACUAGAGAUUCCAGACAAACGCGUUUUCUUAUGUAGUAUAACCUCUAGUCAAUUAUAUUACCAUGGGUACAGAUAUAAAUUAAAGUCAGGACUGCUUAAAUCCUCGUGUAGCCAACAGAAAAGUUCCAUUACGUGCGACUCGAAGCCUCUGGAACAUGCCUUAAUAUUUCUAGCAAUGUGGGCUUUCUUGGUGCCACUGUUUGCCUCUACACUUUCUACGUAUGACUGCUUCGUGGCUACCAAACUUUACGGUAUUUUACGGUAAGUCUACCGUGAUGUCAUCCGACGUUUUCCCGGGAGGUACACAGUUUGCCGUCAGGUGAAGAGGUUCUUGAAGCCAUUUUAAUUAUCGUGUCUUUCCAAAAUGACUUUACAGAAAGCCAACAAGCAACCCUGUACGGUACGUCGACUGUAUCCUGACCAGCGUGUGGCAAUCAAGCAAAAAAUGGCCAUUUGUUUUCAUCGAUGCUCUUUGAACAAAGUCGUCCAUUAUAAGCCCAGAUUUAGUAUCGUCAGUCCUGCAAACGAAGUGAUGAUGGACCGAGAUGAUAUUGUGCCAUACAGUAGUCUAUAUAUACACGUUGCACGGUUGUUGUGGGAUUUCAAAUGAAAGAAAGAAUGGUUUAUUCUAAACACACAUAAGAUUGUUUAGCCGUACCGCAUGAAACAUUUUUGUUAUUGUAUAAUAAUUUUGACGGUCCGAAUUCCAAAUCAUCCAUGUCUCAAAUGUACUGUAUAAAAUCAUUCUUAGAAAAGCAAGAAUUUAGAAACGGAAGUCAGAUCCCAGUAUUCAUGAAUGUUUCUGCAAGAAACCGAGUGAAAAUGUCAGCUUUGUUAACUCAGCCAUUUAAUAGGCUUAUAGUCCUGCUACUAUCAGGCCUACCGCUUCAUACAUCUGCGAUCUUUCGAUCGUGGUCGAUCCUGGUAGACUUUCCCCGAAUAAAACCCGAGAAAUUCUUUGCAAUCACACCUAAGCCGACCCACUGAAUCUUGCAGGAUUUCUCAGUAUUUAUACGCGGGCGUCACGUCAUUACAUGACACCAAAGACACUGUCAUGUCCAUAAAAUUAAUGAAGAGCGUUAAUCUUGCUCGACGUAUUAAGAUUAGUCAGAAUGUGAAGACCGCUCCUGGGUUUUGAUCCUGCGGCCACUCCAACCGCUUUGGCCUACACGAGUAUAUAAGAUCAGUUUGUCCCAGUCGCUGAUGAGCAUCCGGCAGCAUAUACGUAACGACUAGUAUACAACUCCAUCUGGAUCGUGUCAUUUGGCAUACACCAGCGCUUAGGGCCUCACGCGACGGUCAAGCUGUGUUGAGUUAGGGCCACUUUCACAAAUUUUCAUAUUUCUCGUAACUUUUUUUUCGUAAAAGACUUUGUACACGUUAAAGUGCCAUAAAGCGAAGACAUUUACGGGAAAAGUUACGAAAAAAUUGAUUAAUGAAGUUUUGUGAAAGAGGGUCUUGAGUCUAGAGCUCCCGUGCGUGCCGAACUUAAGAUCCCCCACGACUUAUGGACGAUGUGUCCAAGACUUUUCCCUCACAGGUUGUAGCAAAUCGUCUUAAGCCUCGGUGUGACUGGAGCUUAAGAUUAGAGAAUGACUAUCGGGUCUUACAUGAAAUGGUACGAGUAAUACGAGGAUAAUGUUUGAAUACGCAGGACAUCCGAGAGAGAUAUGUAUGAAUACGUAUUACAAUGUUAACAUAUGAAGGCUACAUAUAUAUGAAACUUUAUGUAUGAAUAUAUAUUACAAUGUUAACAUAUGAAGGCUACAUAUGUAUGAAACUUUA